AUGCCGAGCUUUUUGGUGGCGGAUGAUUUCACUUUUGUCAUCCAACUGAUUGUCAACGAGAGGUAUUUGGACUCCCUCUCGUUGGCGAUGGUCGCCGUCUGCAGCCCUGUCCCCGGGGUGAUCAGUCCCUGGGGAACUCCGACCUUUGCAUACCCAGCGUGUCUCCUGCUAACCCUGUCCCUAACCCUGAAUUGCAGGAGAUCGGAGAACCCCAACGUGAGCUUCCGCUUCCUGGUGGAGGAGCGGAUCAAUUGCCUGGUGUGGAAGGUGAAGUACACCUUGCGGGCCGACUACAUCGUGAAGCUGCCUGUUCCGCUGGAGGCUGCAAUGGGGAAGGAGGAGCUGGCGGAGGUCGAGAAGCGUAAGCAGGAGGCGCAGGCUGAGAAGAGGACGGCCCCGCAGAUGUUGCGGGCGAAGCUCCCCUUCGAGGUGAUCAACGCCUACACGGAGCCCGAGCAGGUCGACGACCUCUGGAGCACCGACCUCUUGGCCAAGUCCGUGGCCGUCAAGAGGACCCUGUUCGCCUCGUUCCCCGACUACCUGGUGAUCCAGAUCAAGAAGUUCACCUUCGGACUGGAUUGGGUGCCCAAGAAGCUGGAUCUGUCGAUCGAGAUGCCCGAGGAGCUGAACAUCAGCCACCUGCCGGGCAGCGGGCUGCAGGCGGGCGAGGAGGAGCUGCCGGACAUCUUUCCCCCUCCGCUGGUCACCCCCGACGAGCCCAAAGGUAGCUUUGGCUUCUGUGGCACCGAGGAUGACGACUCCAUCUCCUCUGCCCGCUUCUCCUCUCCGACAUCGCCGGUACUCGAUGAGUCAGUGGUGGUUCAACUGGCGGAGAUGGGCUUCCCGACGGAGGCGUGUCGGAAGGCCGUCCUCUACCCCGGCAACACCGGCGUGGAUGCCGCCAUGAACUGGGUCAUGUCCCACCUGGACGAGCCAGAUUUUGCUCAGCCUCUGGUGUUGCCGGGAUCCGGCGGCCCUGGGUCUGCGUUGACCGCCGAGGCUCCCUCAGAAGAGAUCAUGGCGACCAUCUACUCCAUGGGCUUCUACCGGGACCAGGCCCUGCGAGCCCUGAAGGUUAUGAACAACAGCCUGGAGCGAGCGGUGGACUGGAUCUUCAGCUACAUCGAUGACCUUGACGCUGAGGCAGCCAUGGACGUGUCUGAGGGACGCUCGGCAGCCGACUCCGUGUCCGAAUGCACGCCCACGGGACCCAAGAUCCGCGACGGAGAGGGCAUGUACCAGCUCUUCGACUUCAUCAGCCACCUGGGGAGCUCGACCACGUGUGGACACUACGUGUGUCACAUCAAGAAGGAAGGAAGGUGGGUCAUAUACAAUUAUCAGAAAGUCUGUGCCUCGGAAAAACCGCCCCGGCACCUGGGCUACAUCUACUUCUACCAAAGAGUCACAAGCCAAGCAACCUGCAGCCACUUAUUUAUUGUACAGACCCAGCAGAGAGACUGGCACCGCCAGGGACAUGGGACGUGUGGGAGAUACUGCAGAAGGUCGGAGAACCCCAGCGUGGCCUUCCACUUCCUGGUAGAGGAGCGGAUCAACUGCCUGGUGUCGAGCAAGUUGAAGUACACUCAGCGGGUCGACUACAUCAUGCAGCUGCCGAUUCCACUGGAGGCUGCAGUCAACAAAGAGGAGCUGGCUGAGUUCGAUAAGCAGAAGCGGGAGGCGGAGGCGGAGAAGAGGACAGCACUACAGAUAGUGCGGGCGAAGAUCCCCUUCGAGGUUUGCUUCAACGCCUACUCAAGCCCAAGUAGAAGGAAGACUUCUGGAGAACCGCCCUCCAUGGCCGUCAAGUAG